GAGGACGACAUCUACUGCCGCUGCCUGUCCAGGACCCUGUGCCACACGGCCACCCCCGUCACCGUCGGCUUCUACGCCCCCUGCGGCCACCGCCUCUUCUCGCUGCUCGACAGGGUCACCGCCUUCAUGCGCGAGGAGAUGUCCCGCCGCCAGGAGGCCGAGCUGCGCCGCAGCCACCAAAAACCCCGCAGCCCCGAAGGGUGGGGGCUGCUGCUGGCCCUGUGGUACCUGGCUUUUUACAAACCCAUCAUCACCGAGAGCCACCUGAGGAGGAAGAACAUCAGCUUCAUCUUCAUCCGCUUCAGCGCCUGGCAAUACGCCGGCUGUGACAAGCUGUGGGCCGGCCUGGUCACCACCCUGUGCGACAGCGUCCGCCAGCAUUUUCGGGCCCUGCCCCUCAGCGUCUACCACGUGGUGGGGACCAGGCCCCGCUUCGCCUCGGGUUUCAGCCAAAAAGAGUGGGUCCUCAAAAAGGGAACCUGCUUCAAGCUGCUGGGGCUCCUCUUCGUCCUCGCCGUCGGCAUCGCCAUCCUCUUGGUGGCCCUUUUGGUGCCGGGGAUUAAGGACCACGGUGCUUUGAAGGCGCUGGGGGGGGUCAUCGCCUCCAUCUCCGGCUCCAGGUUGGUUUUGGGGUUCGUCUCGGUCCUGAAAAACCUCCUGGUGAGCGAGAAGAAGAAGAUCGAGCACUUGACCAACAGCGACAAAUUCGCCAGCCAGUUGGGCUUCAUGAGCAAAGUCCGCAACGAGGUGGAGGCCCUGGUGGAUUUCCUGACCUUCAUGGAGAUCUUCGAGCGGCGCCGGCUCCGCGUGGUGCUGGAGAUCACCAGUUUGGACAUCUGCUUCCCGGAGAAGGUGGCGGGGGUCCUGAAUGCCAUGAACACCCUCUUAUCCGACGCCAACACCCCCUUCAUCUUCAUCCUGGCCGUGGACCCCAGCGUCAUCGUCCCCUGCUUGGAGCAGACGGGGUGCAUGAAGGGGCUGGCGGACAACGGGUACCUGUACCUCAACCGCACCGUCACGCUGCCCUUCUCCAUCCCCGAAAUGGGCGCCCGCUCCCGCCUGCGCUGCCUGGAGGCCGCCGUGCAGACGCGGGAGGACCUCAUGUACCGCAUCAUCACCACCAACAUCGAGCGGCGCCGGGCCAAGUGUCACCAAGCGGCGGCGUGCGUGGAGGACGCGUGCCAACGGCAGCCGGAGCCCGAAUUUGGGGACAGGAGCUUGUGGAGCAUCUUCCAGGACAACGUCGGCGAGUUGAGCGGCCUCCGGCAAUCCCUGCACAACGCCCUGAGCCUGGACGGGGACCCCGAGCUCUUCCAGGACUUUUUGGCCACCGAUUUCCCCUUCACGGCUACGGAGGCUCGGGCUUUUUUGGGGGUCACCGUCAACCUGGACCACUCCAUCCGCCACAAGAUGGGGCUCCUGCGCGGCCUCGAUCGCCUCCAGAGGGCGGCCGCCCCCGCGGUGACGCGCGGCGUGCAGUGUCCCCAAGCCGAGUGA